GAAACGCAUUCCGCCCUGACCUCCUUGCGCGUUCCCGUUGCUCUCCCUCCAUCCGGGCUCCUGGCUCUCCACACAGCUGGAGGAGCAGAGCGGCGGCGGCCCCAUGGCGGAGGAUGCGGAGUGGGUGCUGGACAGUGUGCUCGCCUUCCUGAGGUGUCCGCUGUGGACUGGGCCGGUCACCGACUUCAUAGAACAGAAAUGCUCAGUUUUUGAUGACGAUGAAGAAAAUAAGUUAUCAUACACAGAGAUACACAAUGAGUAUAAAGAACUGGUGGAGAAGCUGAUACAAGGGCAUCUGAAUGAAAUGGGAAUUAGUGAGCAGCAAUUUCAAGAGGCAUGUUCAGCACCAUUCGCUCAUGCUCCAGAAGCUAAGAAUAUGUUGCAACCUGUGUUUGCCGUAGAAGAUUUUGUAACUUUUAAAGAAAUGAUGCUGCAGAAGAAUAUCGAACUACAGUUACAAGCUAUUCAAAUAAUUCAGAAAAGAAAUGGUGUGCUUCCAGAAUGUUUGCAGAAUGGAACAGAUAAUAUGUCUGACCUUGAACAACAAGAGAUGAAACUGCUAUCUGAAGCAUUAAGAAUAUCAAGAGAGGAAUAUGAGCUUGAACAGUUGCACAGGAAGGAAAGAAAUGCAGCCAGCUUAAUAGAAAAUCCCCCCAAAACCUCAAUUUCUGCUGCAGUCACAACUUCACAGAAAGCAGAAACCGUGUAUUUGGAAUCUAAAAAACAGCCAAUAAAAAUAGAAGAGCGCCCUUACAAACCUUCAGCUACUCCUAUUGCAGAGCUGAGUAGCUCAGAAGCGGCUCAGGCUUGGAUGGAGCAAGCAAGAAAAGAGGCUGGCAUACAGGGCUCUGUCGCUAGCCUGACCCAGGUGGAAAAGGAACAACUUAGAGAACGUGCUGAAUACCUGAAGCAGAGAAGAGCUGAACUUUUAUCAAGGAAGUUGGAUUCCAAGAAAAAGCCACACAUUCCUGAAGAGUGUAAAGAAAAGGCACAAGGUUCCAGCCAGGAAAAGAAGAUGGAUGAAGAAGAAAAGAAAAACCUACAGAGAAGGAAGCAGUUAGCUGAAAAACUUAAAGAAGAAGUAAUUAAUAAAUAAGCCAGCUACUGCACCGCACAUUUCUUCCAUUAAUCUAUUGCCAAAGCUAAGCGUGUGUGUAUGCAAAAAGUGCAAAAUAUAAGUGCAGCGCAAUCACGUUAAAUACAACAUAAAUGAAACCAUAAGCAAAA